GAGGAAUUUGCACAUCUUCACCCACGCCAAAAGAGUUCUCAGCAGCUGGAACCACAGGUGGAUCUUGAGAGGCAGAUGAGCGACAGGAAGGACCUGGUUCCAUGACUUCUGGAACAUUACCACGGAACUAAUUAUUAGUCACGUGAUUGACGUGGUUGCUAUGCAACGCGCCUGCAAACAACCGCACAAUGUCGUCCAGAUACUCAGCAAAUCAGUACGAUGAUGCCUUCAAGUCUAAAAGGCUGCAGAAUUGGUGUAUGACGAAGCCUGAAUUUAAGGCACCCACAGCACGAAAAGGCUGCACCAAAUUCGUUGCAGAUAAUAGUGGACACCUGCUUCCUGGAGUAGUCAAGAAAGGCAGUGUUUGGCCUGACUUCAAGGGGACAUGGGAUCUUCCCGCUCGAAUACCAGCCCAUAAAAUCAACCCCACUAGCCGCUCUGCGGAAGGUCUUCAACGCCUCAAGGCCUGGGGUUUGGACCCUGACCACAAAGCCACCUCUCGGCCAGCAAGCAGCAGCAAAAAAACUGAUGGCGGCAAAAAAACGGAUGCUUUGCAGAACGCUGACAAGGAGAACUCUGAGGGUGUACAGCAGGACAAUGCUUCAUCCGUGCCCCCACCAACAGCUGAAACCCAGCCAGCGUCUCAGAGCCGCCCAGUUUCUGCAGACACCAAAACUGGCAAACAGAGUGUGAGCCAGGCAGAUGAGGUUUUAUCUGUCAUAAAUGCUGCCGAUCCUGUGACAAGCAAACCAGCAAGCCUGAGAGCGAUGUCAUCUUUGAGCCUGGAACAGGCGAAAACAACUCAGAAUAAGUGAAAAUAGUAAAUGCAUUAUUUGUCCCUUUUCUAAAUGGGAUGACUGUAUUGAUGUACCAGAUGCUAUAGACAUAGAAUUCCUACAUUUUCAAUGUGAUCACUUUCUCUUUGUUUAAUAGCUGUCCAUUUAGAAUGCCUUUGAGAAUUAUGGAGUCAUCAAAUGUUUCAAAACGGUUUUGUUGCAAUGAAAGAACUGCAAAGUCUACAGUGAUAUCUUGCCCACCGCAGAUUUUUUUCAAUUAAAAAAACAUAUACUGUAUUUCAUUUAAAAAUCAUAUAUACAUGUACAAAUCAUUUUUCUUAAAUAUCUUAUUUAUAUCAUAAUUAUUACAUUUGCAGUGCUGAAAAACCCUUGAUAAAAAUCUACAUAUACACAGGGGUGAAAGUGGUUAGAAUUUCUUGCCGGAACUCCCCGACGUGAAGGUCGCCACGGAGCCAGAAUUUUUUUUUUUUU